ACCCGUUACCCAGUUCGGCAUCUGCUUGGGCAAAACAAAACACACAGAGGAGAGAGAAGGGGGAGGGGGAGAGAGAAUGGCCCAUAUUUGCUGCAACAGCUUGGCUGCUCCGCCGCUAUGUGAUGGUGGAGUCAACUUCGUCCGACCAGAACCUCAACGGCGAAACCCCAGACACAGUCACAGAAACGCACUUUCACGGCCAUGGCUGCAAAAUCUGGAGGUUUCUCUCUUAAUUCGAUAUUGAAAAGAUGCCAAACUUGUGGAGGCCAAGGUGCCAUAGAGUGUCCAGGAUGUAAGGGAACAGGAAAGAAUAAAAAGAAUGGCAAUAUAUUUGAGAGAUGGAAAUGUUAUGACUGCCAAGGAUUUGGGCUAAAGAGUUGCCCCACCUGUGGUCAAGGAGGAUUAACACCAGAGCAAAGAGGAGAAAGAUAAAAUUUUCAAGUUAAAAAAAAAAAAAACUCAAAUUUUAUGCUUAAUCCCAUGCACUACAUCGAGUUCAAAGAAUGAAUCAUAUCAGCCAGAGUUUGUAAAUAAUACUACUAGCUAUAAAUUCAUAUUUGAUAUGAAAGUUCAAAAAUUUUCAUGCUAAAAAUUUGCAUUUGGUUAUCUAAUUUUAUAUAAUAUUUUAAUUUGA